AUGGUACAUAUUUAUAAGAAUUCCGACACCAGUUCUCAAAAAUGUUCAGAUACAACCUUACCAAGAAGUGGAGAUGAGGAAAUUGACGAUCAAAUAGAUGUUGAAGCUGUUGAAGAAAAUGCUCAUAGUAUUACUUGCAGGGAACAAAUCAACAAUGAUUAUGGUUCAAACGGAAGUGAAAUUAAGGAAGAACAAAAUAUUCAAAUCUAUGAGAUAAGUGAAGUACCUGAAGGGCAGUUAGUUGAGCAAAGUUUAGUUUUAGGCCAGGAAGUUCUUACACUUCAUAUAAAAAUUGUAGAUGGUAAAAGAGUUGUAUAUAUUCCAAAUAAACCAGAAAAAUUACCAUAUGAUGAUUACUUAACAUUAUUAAGAACAGCAGAACAAACUCCUGAUAUGAUUUGUCGUGAUCCUCCUUAUAUUCAUUUAGAAGGAGGUUGCAUUGUAUUAUAUGAUUGUUCAGAUAUUGAUAAAGAAGGUGUUUUAACAGAUGCCGAUGUUAGAAGCACUCUGAGAAUUGAUGGAUACCGUUGGUCAUGUUCACGUGGAACUAGAAGUCUUUGUAAUGGAUUAAAAAGAGGAUAUGUAAAUUUAUAUAGUCCAGAAAAUAGAGGAGGUGAUGAAUGUUUCAGUCGUUAUGAAAUAUGGGAUCAUGAUAAACCAAAUGGUAUUGUUCUUUUUCAUUAUGUUGGAAAUCAUAAAAAAGCUCUUGAAAUUGCUCAAACAAUGCCUCAUCGAAAUAGUAAGAAGGCAAAACCAUUUUUAAGGACUCAACCACGUGUACUACGUAAGAUAGCACGUAGUUUCUCUUCUGUUGUUCGCCCUGAUGAACUAUAUAAAAUGAUUGGAAAUGAAGAACAUGGAAAUGGUGAUGAAUUAGGUAAUUCUUUACGUGGUGUACAGCAAGUUAAAAAUGUAAUAAGAUAUUUUAAAAAAAAAGCAAGAUUAACACAAGAUGGUGUUUAUAAUAUUUAUAUUAUGGAGCAAUUAUUAAAAUACAGAAAUAAAUCAAGUUUUGUACAUGAAAUUGUACUUCCAAGCGUAAACAUAACAUUAUUAUGUUCACCUUUACUUUCAGAAUUUACAACAUGUCAUAGAAUGUCAAAUGUUAAAACUUCACGAUUAGUAUAUGAAAGAAUACCUGGUGUAGGAUCAUUUAAAAUGUCAGUUUUAUCAUUUAAACAUCCAUUCUUUGUUGAUGAACCUUUGAUUCCUCUUGGAUUUCGAUUAUACGAAAAUGAAAAUGAACAUGGUCAUGCUCAAUUUUUGAGAAGAAUUUUAAUUGAAAUACCUGCAGUAGAGGAAUUUAAUAAAUUAUUAAUUAAUGAUUUUGAAUUUAAUUUUGAAUCAGAUGUUCCACAUUUAAAAGUUUUAAAAUCGUGGAAAAGUUUAAAGAUGUUAACAUUUAUGGAACUUGGUGUUGAGAAAGGUUCAGAAUUUGAAGAAACAACAACUCAUAUUCUUGAAAGGCUUCUAGGAUGUGAAAGUGCAGAAGCUAUAAGUAACGAGUGGGUUAUGUUAAAAGAAUCAAUGUCAAUAAAAAAUUGGGAACAUGAUGUUAAAAUUUUUGAAGAAAUAAUUAUCCCACAAUUAAUGCAAUAUUAUGCUAUAUAUGGAGGAAAAGUUGUAAAUAUUGAUUGCACAGAAGUUCAUGAUUUAUUACUAAAACCUCCAAGUUUAUCAGAGUAUCUUCAUGAAAUGUAUAAUGGUCAGGAAUUACCUUUAGAUAUCAAUAUGUUAUGUUUAUUUUAUUUUUGUAAUGCAUAUAUUAAAGAAGUAUCAAGUAGUUAUCAACAAAAUGGUGUACUACAAUUAAAUCCCAUCUUUGAUGAAGUGUUAGCCAGUGGAGAUUUAAUGGAAGAAGCUCCAUAUUAUGUUCCUAUAGCAAGUAUUGUUGAUUCAGUUUAUAGAGAUGCAUCAAAUCCAACUACAUUUUUGGAAGGUACACCAUGGGCUACCAAUAGAUCUGAACUUUUGGAUAAUGAUCCGGAUUAUGCUUUUCAUAAAAAUAUAGCUACUGAUAGUAUAGCUCAACAAAUAGUUGAUGACAAAUGUAUUACAAUAAUUUCACCAGGUCAAUUUCAAGUUACGUAUAGAGAUGAAGUGUCUGUUGUAAACAUGGGAUUGACAAAAUCAAAACUAAAAUUUUCAUGCACUUGCCCAUCUUCUGGUGUAUGUGUUCAUACUAAGGCAGUUAAAGUUCUUCUUAAUGUAGUUGGCCAUACAGAUGACAAAGAACCUAGUAUUGAAGAAGAAAGAAAACGAAAUUCAUCAAAUCUUGAUAACACUCAGAUGUAUACCAAAAAACGACGAAUGCUUAAAUAA